CGUGACUAGCUUGCACCUUCGCGCAGCGGUGGCAAGGGACCUCUGCAUACGAUUGGUGAAAACAAGCGAGCUGAACGAAAUGAGCAACAGAAGGGCAGCCUGGACCAGCUCCACCACUAACGGCGUGGAUAUAUGAUCCUGGGAUGCAAUGCCCUCGCUGCCGCCCGGCAUGGACGCGCCCAAAUCGUACGUGCGGAAGAACAAAGUCGCAUAUAGCACCACACCAUGCGGUUCCAACUCUCCGAGCUAGACCCCGAAUCUGACGCUCUCUCCGAGUUCGUCGCCUGCCAGGUUGCCAGUUUCGGGGACCCAUUCCAACCGAUUUACCGGUUCUUCUACCCCAUCUUUGGAGGUGAAUCUAAGGCACAGAAGCAAGAGGCGCUCAUGAACCUCGUGCAAUUGCACCGAGAAUGGGCUCGCGAGGACCCGGACUCCGUCUUUUUGCAGAUCAGGGACCGUGAACGGGACAACAAGUUUGUUGCUGGGGUUUACUUCAAGGUCCACAGACAGAACCCGUACGCGCGAGGAGGAAAAGGGGACCUGAGCUGUGACAGCGAAGAGCACAACCCGUCUGCUGCGCUGUGGUAUCCAGAGCGGGUUCGACGAAAGUAUAUCACGCGAUGCAUUGAGAUUUUCUCCGAACCGCACAUGAAGCUCAUGCAGAAGCCGCAUGUUUAUAUAUUCGUCGGGUUCGUCUUACCCGAGUACCGCCAACUGGGUCUGGCAGACAUGCUCUUGGCUGAGGUCUGUCGACGGGCAGACGAAUUGGGGCUCGAGUCCUGGCUCGAAGCAGUUAUCGCAAUAGGGGUGACGAUCUACAGGCGCCACGGGUUUGUCCCCUACAGUGGCGGUCUUCUGGUUCAGCCUGCCGCGACAGAAGUGGAGGCUCAGGAUGCGGAUUGGAAGGACAUCGAGGCCAAGAUGCAGCCUCUGCGAUACUGGCCCAUGUGGCGGCCCCCUCAUGGAAAGCUAGAGCUCGGGAAGAUGAGCCCACCCUGGGGCGAGCUGAGUACGAGUAGGAGAUUCUUGGGCAGGCUAUGAUUUCCGAGGUGGCUGGCGAUUACCACUGUUCGGCAGUGGAAGUCUAGGUUGGUACCAAUAACUUUACAGGUACUGUCGUGCG